GUUAGCUUUUUAAUCAUGUGGGACCGCUCAGGUCGGCUUGCACCUCCGGCGCAGCUUCCUGUUCGUCCUGCUUUGCGUCGUGCGUCCCUCGCCGCCAACGCAAGCACUCGCUUUUGGCGAAGGGAGCCGACGCAACAGCAACAGCAACAGCAGCCGCAGAGUAGAAGCAGCAGCAGCAGCAGAAGCCGCAGCGGAGGAGCCGCAGCAGAGAAGCCGCAGCAGUCGCAAACGCGCAAGCAGCAGCCACAGUCGCAGUCGCAGGCAGUCGCAAGCAGAGCAGCAAGCAGUUGCAAGGGCGCCGCCUCCGUCGAUAAACCAUUGGUCCAGCGGUUGACCAUCGCCGUGUUGCUCGGCCAAUUCCCCAGUCGCCGCAAUGUACCACUGACACGCCCACGGCGCUUUUCUAUUUGGGCUAUCCGGGUAUCUGGCCACCUAGCCAGCUGGCCAAGCCAUCGGAGCCAUCCAUCCCCAGUCGGACCCAGCCUCACUCAACUCAACGCACGUGCCUGGUCCUUGAGUGGAAAGCAGUACAACUGGAUAGCUGGAUAGCUAGACAACUGAUAAACUGGACAACUGAAAAACCACUGAGCAACUGAAAAAACUGAGGUCCUUCCACAGGCUCACGCACACAGGCGCAAGCAACAGGACUCGUUUAUCGCCAGCCCCUCGGUUGGGCGCCACGCCAAACUGGCCCAUCAAUUUUGGUUCUCCUACCCGCCACCGGGCGCUGGCGGCGGUUCCUCAAGAAUCAUAAAACUAAGGAAUCAAGUCUAACCAAUACGAAAUACAAA